AUGUCGUCUCCUCAGAAACUCAGGACGACCACCACCGACCUUCUCAACAUCAAACACCCGGUGCUACUUGCUGGCAUGAACGUCGCUGCGGGUCCUAAACUGGCCGCCGCAGUCACCAAUGCCGGAGGUCUGGGAGUCAUUGGAGGUGUCGGAUACACCCCAGACAUGCUCAGGGAGCAGAUCGCCGAAAUUAAGAGUUACCUGAACGACAAGAACGCCCCUUUCGGUGUCGAUCUUCUUCUUCCGCAGGUCGGAGGCAACGCGAGGAAAACAAACUAUGACUAUACUAAGGGCAAACUGAACGAGUUGAUUGACAUCAUUAUCGAUUCCGGUGUCAAACUCUUCGUCUCUGCUGUCGGUGUGCCUCCCAAGGCGGUGGUUGAUAAACUCCACAAACAUGGAAUUCUGUACAUGAACAUGAUCGGCCACGUCAAGCACGUGAAAAAGUGCCUCGAUCUUGGGGUCGACUUAAUCUGCGCGCAGGGAGGCGAGGGUGGUGGCCACACUGGCGAUAUUCCAACCAGCGUGCUCAUCCCCGCCGUGGCUAAAAUUCUGGCCGACGCUCCGCCAUCCAAAUUCACUGGCAAACCCGUCCAGCUCGUUGCUGCCGGUGGAAUAUUCAACGGACAAUCUCUCGCCAGCGCUCUGAUGCUGGGUGCUUCUGCUGUCUGGGUUGGCACGCGAUUCGUUCUGUCCGAGGAGGCCGGCGCUCCCAAGGCACACCAGGAGGCGGUCCGGACUGCAGGCUUUGAUGACAACGUGCGCACCAUCAUCUUCACAGGAAGACCACUCCGGGUUCGUAACAACGAAUACAUCCGCAACUGGGAGGAAAACCGACAAGCGGAGAUCAAGGCCUUGACAGAAAAAGGAGUCAUUCCAGUGGAGCACGAUUUUGAAGAGAAAGGUGAUGACUUGACUGAUGAGGACAUGGAGAACGCCCGCCCCUUCCUCAUGGGCAAGGCUGCUGCGGUCGUCAAUGAGAGGAAGCCCGCCCGGGAGAUCGUCGACGAGUUCGUCAAUCAAGCCGUCGAGCGCCUGCAACUGGGGAAUGCAUUGAUCGUCUCACAGAGCAAGCUAUAG